GAAUAGUUGUUUACCACCGAAUCACUAUAUGUCUAUAUCACGCAUAUAUUUUGUUUUUUUAUUUGCACCAACAAAGUACCUGGUAUCUUACGGUUUCAAUUUGAAUCGAAAGAAAAUCAAUAUAUUUUUUUAAUAAGCCUUACUCACAAUGUCUGAUCUUGUGGAUGUUGAUGACGUUACCAUAAAUGAAGACAUGCAUAAUUUAGAUCUUGAGUGGCCUUGUACAGAAAACAGUUCUUCGGAAAGAAAACGUUCUUGGUAUUGGCUCCGUGAGGUCACUGCCCAAGACGCAGAAAAUGGGAUGGAUGUGCAAGGAAUUACAUGGGACGCCUUUAAUGUAACACGUCAAAGAUAUCGCGAACUUCGUCUCAUAGAUUAUAAGAACUAUGAAAACGUUCAGAGACCGCAUGAUGAUUUGAAAAAGGAAAUUAAAUCGGUUCGAACAGAUGCACAAUUCUAUAAGUUCAAGUAUACCACUUUGCCACAUAGAUGCUUUAUUGUCCAUUUUCAGUUACGAAAUUUGUUAUGGGCAACUGGAAGAAAUGAUGUAUUCUACACACAUUCUCCUCGUAUUGGACAUUGGAAUUCAGUAAUGAAAAAAUCAAAAGUUGCAUUGGAUUUGAGCUAUAACAAUCGUAGUGCCGAAACACCGUUUGAAAUUAGCACAAUUGCUUGCAAGUACAAUUAUCUGCUUGUUGGUGGAUUAUAUGGUGAAUAUGCAUGCAGACGUCUUGAUGCAGAACCAGUUCAAUUUGGCACUAUAACUACUGAUACAAAUGGAAUAACAAAUCAUAUGGAUAUUAUCGAAUCGAGAACUGGAAGUAUUGUAUCAGUGAUAUCUAGCAAUGAUAAAAAAUCCAGAAUUAUGGAUCUUGCGACAACAAGAUUUAUUGAGACUUAUGAUUUUGAAUGGGCAGUUAAUUGCACUUCGGUUAAUCCGAACAAAGAUUUAUUAUGUGUUGUUGGGGAUAACACGGACGCUGUAGUUGUAAGCUCAGAUACUGGAAAGACUAUAACAACUUUGAAAGGACAUUUUGAUUAUUCUUUUGCUUGCUGCUGGAGUCCUGAUGGAAAGAUAAUUGCGACAGGGAAUCAAGAUAAAACAACCAGGCUAUAUGAUAUAAGAAAUAUGUCUAAGGCGUUUGAUGUAUUGGGUGCCAAGAUUGGAGCUGUGAGGUCACUUCAUUUUUCUGAAGACGGACGUUAUUUAGCAAUGGCAGAACCUGCCGAUUUCGUUCACAUAUUCGACGCACAUACAUUUGAACGGUCUCAAGUGAUCGAUUUGUUUGGCGAAAUUGCUGGUGUAACAUUUACUCCUGAUACGGAUGGUUUAUACAUAGCAAAUGCCGAUGAAAAUUAUGGGUGUAUUUUGGAAUAUGAAAAGAUUUCAUCAAUUAAUGACGUUGGAAACAUUUUUCUAUGAUUUGUUAUAUUACUAAUUAGGACACUUAAACUAGUUUAGGAACUACAUUUAUUUUUUUUUUUUUCUUUAAUUUUUAUUGCAAUUGUAUAAUACCGUCAAUCGUCAAUACUGUUACUACCAUCCGCUCUCAUUCUUUCAAUACUAUACUCAUGACAUUUGAAAUGCAAAAUUACAAAGAAUUUUUAUUCCGUAUUUGGUUAUCAUAUUUUAUUUAUUAUUGAGCGUUGAAAUACACUAUUUAUGUUAAGAGAAAUUGGUAGGAGAACGCGAAAGAUCUUUUAUAUUUAACAGAACAAUUGAAUUUUUUCUUUCAUUAAAAUGUCGGGAGAAAAAUAAAUUAUAUUUGGUUUGGUUACAAGUCAUAUCUUCGUCCUAUUUUUUGGGAUCAUUUAAUAACAUCUGACAUUGAACCGAAUUAAGGCGAAAUAUAUAAAAAACUUUAGAUAUAGAAUUAAAAAACUUUAAUAAAUGGCAGGAUUGAUUAAUUAUAUCG